AUGGGAUUGUCCUGGGAACAGGAUUUUCCUGGGAUUACAGGAGAUUCCUGGGAUUACAGGACUGUCCUGGGAACAGGACUUUCCUUGGAUUAUAAGACUGUCCUAAGAACAAGACAUUCCUGGGAUAGCAGAGCAAUAUUUUUUCCUGUUCUUUCCUGUCUUCAAGAAAUUCCUGGGAUUGUCCAGUCCCAUUUAACGGCUGGAGUUGGAUUAUCAGUUGCAGACCGUUUGCUGUCGGAGCAUGAAUGUAUACAUGUGUGUCUGGCAUGUCGCAACAAGGGUCGUGCAGAGAACGCCAGAACAAGACUUAUGAGACGUCAUCCUGAUUCAGAUAUAUCCAUCGUCAUAGUUGAUACAAGUUCUGUCGAGUCAGUUAUAAGGGCUUCAGAGGAAAUAAGGAACAAGUUUACAAGACUUGAUUAUAUAUACUUGAAUGCAGGAAUAAUGAAAGUUUCCAGUAUAAAUUGGUCUAAAAUUAUAGCUAUAUUUUCAAGUGAAGGUGUACGAAUAUUGAGUACUGGCUGGGGAGUACUGAACCACAUCAACGAGACAACACCAGAAGGCCUUCAAGAAAUAUUUGCUACAAAUCUCUUCGGACAUUUUGUUAUGGUAAGAGAACUGGAGGAUUGUUUAGGCAAAGCUCAGGAAACACAAAUUAUAUGGACAUCAUCACAGAAUGCUAAUUCUGAUGACUUUAGCUACACAGAUAUACAACAUAGAAAUGGGUAUAGUUAUAGUAUGAACUUUAUAUCUUUUCUUAAUGUUAUGUUUUAGUUUUGGAAAAAAAUUUACUGUUACAAAGUUCAGGGCUCGACAUUAAAGUUGUCCGACUGCUCGGGGCAACUAAAAGUUUGGUCCGGGCAAGUUAUUUUGAAAAGCACUUGUCCCACAGGGCACGUGAAAAUAAAGCAUCAUUGACAAAAUGCAUGUACAAAUUAAAUAGAAAAAACGUCUUUUCAUUUAUAAACAUCUGUAAAACAAAAUUACACCAUGAAUCAUUAUCAAUAAUGUGAAUACACUACGGUUAUGUACAUUUGUUUGUAUAGAAAAGGAAGCAAAAAUAUGAGCAUGCGCCGCGGUAAGGUUAAAUUCCCCGUU